AAGUUUCAAGUAUUCUGUAUAUGUGUCAGUUGAUGUUCAUCAUGCAAUACCAUAUUGGUAGUAAUAUGAAAUGAAGAGAGAGCCUACAAUGUAUCUCUUCUGAAGAGUAUUUCUAACAGGAUCAUAUGCAGCUGUAGUGAGGCCAAAACAUCAAGGGACCCUACUGCCCCAUGCACUGUUUCUGCCCUCAGCGGGUGCCUGGCUGUCAUGAUUUUACAAUGCGUUGUAAGCCUAUUUCAUUUGAAGUUUCACUUUUAUCGUUAAUUCCCUCGGGUACACACUUCUAAUAGUGCUUAAUGAGCACUUUAACCAUUUCCACGUCUCAAGAAGAAAAGGAUGGUAGAGGUGCAAAGGGUGGAGUUAUUUGGGGUCAAUAGCCAAUGGAAAGCGCCCAAAUUAUGAGAGGCAUUGAGUUCAGUAUUUAUGAACUGUAAAGUUGUCUCAGACUGACACUGGACUGUGAAGAGCGAUACAAGUACAGGCAAGUGGCAAGGAUGAUUUCUCAGGUUCUCCUGACGGGGACACUAUGCUGCCUACUGCCAGGUUUGCUGGAUGCUACACCUCUGAAGGCUAGAGCUGUGGGGGAGGUCAGCAUCGACUCCGCCAAGGCUCAUGGCUUCCUGUCUCAGUCACGCCCCAAACGGAACGUCGACCCCAAGUGGCACCGCGGCACGCCUGAUUUCCAGUCCUACUACAAAUUCUACAACAGCAUAGGCCAUAUUGAAGGACUGUAUGAGAUUGACAGGAUCAGGAUACUGUAUCAGCAGAUGCGUCACCUGGAGCAGGUCUAUGGCCCAGACGCCUCAAGCUACCAGAAUGCCCUGGGUGUGAUAACCCCACCACCCACCACCGCAGCUCCUACUACCACCACACUGCCUCCUACCACUCAGCCCCCUCCUACUACCCUAGCACCACUUUCUCUUACUAAGGCUGACGUCCUGUAUCUGUGUAACCCCAAAGACCCCCUCUGUAAAGCUCACAUCGUCUACCUGCCUGCAGGGGCCAUCCCGGUCCUCUGUGACCCACGCUACAACCCUGCCUGCAAACCCCAAAUUGGCAAGGUGGUCAUUGCUGCCGCACCUAUGGAGCCAGCUCCUGCAGCACCUCUGGAGCCAGCUGUUGAAGUACCUCCCCCACCUCCACCCCCUCCUAAGAAGUCUCUCCAACCUCCUCCUCCUACUCCCAUCGUCAUUAAAGGGAUGGCGUAUGACUGUGACCCUUACUGGGACCCUGACUGCCUGAUCGAUCACCCACCUCGCCCUGUCCAGGCGACUGAGCCACCACCACCACCCCCUACUCUCCCCGCUGUUGUGGGGGAGAAGGAGGAGGUGGUGAAGGAAGAAGUUGUUGCUGAGGAGACUGUAUCACCUUUUGACCCCUAUGAUUACCAGCGUCACCUCUUUGACCCUUACCGCUAUUCUGACCAAGCCCCUGACCCCCAGUAGACGGUUACACAAAAAACUACGUACAAAUAAAACACAGUAGUGCUACUUUACAACAGGUCAGUAAACAAAUACAGGUAGAACUGUGAACAAAACCAUUAAAAACCCAAUUGUACACAAUUUUCCCCCAAGUAUGACACUUUUUCACUUCCAUCAGAGGAUAUGGGUUCAGUUUUAGAGACAAGUCUUAUAAAAUCUUGUAUUCAA